AUGAAUGACUGGCAGAGGAAAAGCCCUCUAGACUGGGAAACGUAUGUGAACAAAAUGGUGAAAGUUGCUGCAAUUGAGAAACAUGAAUAUGAAGGAUGGGUCUUAACAAUUGAUCCAGUGUCUGCCAGUAUUGUCCUUGCAACAUUCCUGGAAAAUGAAAAAGUGUCCAUAUCGGUUGUCUUGGGCCAUGCUGUCCAGGAGGUCGAAAUACUGAAAGAAGGGGACGAUGAAAUGAAGCAACGGCUUUCUUGCAUAUUUGCACCUGAAGAAAGCAAAGCCUACAGCCCAGAGGAACUGGAAAAGAGGAAGAAUGACUUGAAGACUUGGCUAGAAACAAACCACAUCCCUGUAACAGAGCAAGGUGAAUUGGGAAGAACGCUAUGCGUGGCAGGGGUAUUAACUAUUGACCCGCCAUACAGUCCAGAAGAGUGCAGCAGCUCCAAUGAGAUUAUUCUGUCUCGGGUUCAAGGCUUGAUACAGGGCUAUCUUGAAAAACAACAGUGA